AUGCGGCUGUCUGGAUUGGUACCGUACGUCCUGGACCCACCCGGUUGCUUCUACCAAGUCUCGGUGAACGGUGAAGUGAAGAACCUCAGCAACAUCAGCCAGUCUUUGGUUGCUUCUCGAACUAAGCACUUCGUUACCUUGCGGUUCGACAGUGAACUCAUUGGACCUGGGGAAAAGCUGCGCCAGUCGCCGCCACUUGAAUGCCGCUGCGUCACCGUCAAAGGCAUCGUCCUCUCCACCAUCCAGGUUGAAAACUACUACGCCAAGUAA